GAAUCUAACACUUGUGCAGAGAAGCACUCCCACAUUUACAUUUUGCAAACAAAACAGGUCACCACUACAAACAACAUUGAAAAGAUGGAACGAUUACAACACCUCUUGAUCUCAUUAUAUCUGCUUAUUCUGUCCAUCAAUUUAACCACAACCACAGCUCAAUCACCUGCGCCCGCUCCUGCACCACCCGGCCCCACUAAUGUCAUCAAAAUACUCAAAAAGGCUGGCCACUUCAAGACCUUCAUCCGCCUUUUGAAAUCCACUCAAUUGGAUAGCAAUCUAAACUCCCAGCUUGGCAACACAAACAAUGGCUUGACCAUCUUUGCUCCAAGUGAUAGUGCUUUUUCAGCCCUUAAAACAGGCACUCUCCGCACCUUAACUGAUCAAGAAAAGGUCGAGUUGAUGCAGUUUCACAUUGUGCCUAUGUUCAUCUCAUCUUCCCAAUUUGAUACCGUGAGUAGCCCUUUAAAAACACACGCUGGUUCUGGUACUAGGUUUCAGCUUAACGUUACCGCCAGUGGGAACUCCUUGAACAUAUCUACAGGACUUACCAACACCACCAUUUCCGACACUGUAUACACGGACACCCAUCUUGCUAUAUAUCAGGUUGACAAGGUGCUACUUCCUUUGGAUAUAUUUACCCCUAAACCUCCACCACCGGCACCUGCACCGGCACCAAAGCUUAAAGCAGAGUCAGAGAGCCCUGAUGAUGCUGUUUCUAAGAAGGAUAUUUCUAGCGCUGUAAGUUUUGUCAUGCAUCAUGAUACGGUGUUCUUUAUAGUUGGUACUGUUGUUGCAAUAUCGUUUUGUGUAUAGUUGGUCCUCGUAGUUGACAGAAAAACUUGUUGCGUGAAAAGGAGUGAAAAAAAAAAAGAGAGGGAAUUCUCUAUAUGUUAUUACAGGAAACCUUCGAAAGCUAGAUGCCUCAAAUUGCUGCUUGUCAUAAAGAAAGCUGGCAUCUCUUCUACAAGUUCAUUGAUUUAUUCAAAAUCUCUUUGUCUAGUA